GUUGAACAUGAUUUAGGUAGGUUUGUCACAACAAAUGACUUCCUAUUUCGUUCAGAAAAUAGUGAACCUUUAUGUUUGGCAUUUGCUUUUUGUUCCAAUCAGAUGCUUUUUUAUUAGUCUCUUCGCCAUCUAUUUGUUUGUCUUGUUUUACUUUAUGAAGUUAAAAACAGCAAUCAAGAGUCUGAGUUGAAUAGUGUGUAACCAUUGUUUUCAUUAUUAUUACUUUUUUUUUUGUAGUAUCUGCUUUCCUUUUCUCUCUCCUUUUUUUUCUUUAUUUUUCUUUUU